CUAGGACACGCUAUGACGUGAUUUCCUGGUGGCGGUGGUGGGCGCGUGGUACUGCAGUUUGGUGGAGCGGCGAGUGCGAGAGGAGAUCCCGACAUGGGCUGCGUCUCGGAGACAUGAGCCUCUUCACCGGAUCUCUGGCACAUGCUUGAACCCCCAAGCCCAUUUAUAGGACAUUUGUGGUGGCGUUUGUUGUUUGACACGAUCGCAGAGCGUACUGGACAGUUAACGUUUCCACUCAAUUCCAGCGCGUUGGGUGAGAGGAGAGCCCACAACAUCAGCGAGCAUGGCGGAGAGAAGUGGCCGGCUGAGCUUCCCCGGGAGCGGGGCACUAAAUCGACCCGUCCCGAUGAACCUGUUCGCAACUUGGGAAAUAGACGGAUCAUCGCCCAGCUGCAUUCCGAGGUUGUGCACUCUCACGUUAAAGAAGCUGGUUGUGAUGAGGGAGUUGGAUAAGGAGCUCAUUUCUGUCGUUAUCGCCGUCAAGAUCCAGGGCUCCAAGCGUAUCCUGCGCUCUCAUGAGAUAGUGCUGCCCCCUACUGCCUCUUUAGAGACGGACUUGGCACUCACCUUCUCGCUGCAGUACCCCCACUUCUUGAAGCGAGAGGGCAACAAACUGCAGAUCAUGCUACAGAGGAGGAAACGCUACAAGAACCGAACCAUCCUGGGAUACAAAACCCUCGCCGUGGGAAACAUAGACAUGGCAGAGGUCCUCCAGCAUCCUCAUGAGGGGGGCCAGGUGUUGUCUCUGUCAGGUAACCAGAAGGAGUUGGCUGGGAAGGUGGCCGAGAUCUUCAUCUUCUCGCUCUCCAGCCAGCCCAUCGACCACGAGGACGCCACGCUCACCUCCGGGACUAAGAUCAAGUGCUCAGAUAAUUACUCUGAGGAAGAGUAUGAGAGCUUCUCCUCAGAACAGGAGGCCAGCGAUGACGCAGUCCAGGGUCAGGAUCUGGAGGAUGAUGAGUAUGACGUGAGGAAACCCAAGAAGCAGAGGAGGUCCAUAGUCAGAACGGCAUCCAUAACCAGACAGCAGAAUUUUAAACAGCGUGUGGUGGCUUUGCUGAAGAGAUUCAGAGUGUCAGAUGAGGUGUUGGACUCGGAGCAGGAUCCAGCUGAGCCGCCUCCAGAGGUGGAGGAGGAUCUGGACCUGGAGAGCCUGGAGUUCGAGAACCCCAGCGACAGCUGCCCAGAACUGGACGACGACGACAGCGUACUCAGCACACCCAAACCCAAACUCAAGCCAUACUUUGAGGGUUUGUCUCUCUCAAGUUCUCAAACAGAAAUUGGCAGCAUCCACAGCAUUCGCAGCCAUAGAGAACCACCAAGCCCCGUCGAUGGUGACAAGAUAAAGCCGGGAGCUGCCAAAUUCCACAUAGACGACCCGCCAGACAAUGUCUCGUUUGAGAUUCCUGAGGCGGUGACCCCGACCACAGAGCUGGAGAUGGACAACAUGGACACCUUCAUGGAGCGACUCCCGCCCAUUGGCAAGAUGACCAAGACAGAGUCCCUCAUCAUCCCCUCCAACAGGCAAGAGCCUAAGCUGGCUGGUCGUAGGGGUCGCAGCACAUCCCUGAAGGAGCGUCAGCCGAGUCGGCCGCAGAACGAGCGUGCCAACAGCCUGGACAACGAACGCUCACUGGACACGCGGCUCCACCUGCAGACUUACGUUGGAUACCUUUCCAAGAUUCCUCGUAAGACAGUGUACGACCAGCUCAACCACAUUCUGGUGUCAGACGACCACCUGCCAGACAACAUCAUCCUCGUCAACACCUCCGACUGGCAGGGCCAGUACUUGGCGGACAUGUUGCAGAACCACAACCUGCCCGUGGUGUGCACCUGCACGACCGCUGACAUCCAGGCCGCCUUCAACACCAUCGUCUCCCGCAUCCAGAGAUUCUGUAACUGUAACUCCCAGACCCCGGUGCCCAUUAAGAUAGCUGUGGCGGGGGCUCAGCACUACCUGAGUGCGGUGCUAAGACUGUUUGUGGACCACCUCUCGCACAAGACCCCCGACUGGCUCGGCUACAUGCGCUUCCUCAUCAUACCCCUUGGGGUCCAUCCCGUGUCUAAGUACCUGGGUUCCAUAGACUACAGGUAUAACAGCCUGUUCCAGGACGCUGCAUGGAGAGACCUCUUCCAUAAACCAGAGGCGCCCGUCAUACCCCAAGACAGUCUGGACGUGGUGUCGCGGAUAACGCAGUACAUGGCCGGGGCCAACGGAGCCCACCAGCUGCCUAUUGCAGAGGCCAUGCUAACCUAUAAGCAGAAGAGGAAAAAGAGCUUUCAUUUUGAUUUUGCAGUAAGCCCCGACGAAGACUCCUGCCAGAAGUUCAUUCCUUUUAUUGGGAUGGUUAAAGUUGGGAUUGUUGAGUCCUCUGCCACAUCAGGUGACUCUGAUGAUGCUGCUCCAGUGGGCUCGUCUAUGCUCUCCUCCACGCCCCCGCAGGUCUCCCCCGCCCUCAAAGAGGCCUCCCCCACACCCCCCUCAUCGCCCUCCGUCAACACCGGCUUCUACAGUUCUCCGGGUCUGGAGCUGAUGGGUCUUCAGGUGGACUACUGGGUGGCCCCCACGGAGCGCAAGCGCGAGGUGGAGAAGCGCGACUCCUCCUCCAAGAACACCCUCAAGUGCACCUUCCGCUCGCUGCAGGUCAGCAGGCUGCCACUGGGGGGCGGCGACUGGGGCCCGCACAGCACCAUGGCCAUGACCGUCGUCACCCAGGAGAAGAACAAGAAAGUCAUGUUCCUGCCAAAAAAGUCUCGAGACAAAGAGAUGGAGUCCAAGAGUCAGGUGAUUGAGGGCAUCAGCCGCCUCAUCUGCACUGCCAAGCAACAGCAGACCAUGCUGAGGGUUUUGAUUGACGGCGUGGAAUGGAACGAUGUGAAGUUCUUUCAGCUUGCUGCGCAGUGGUCGUCGCACGUCAAGCACUUUCCCCUCGCCAUAUUUGGGCACUCCAAAGGCCCCUACUAGAGGCCAACCCCCCCUUUCCCCCUUUGGAAAAAAAAGAAAGAAAAAAGAAAACAGCACCUUCCCCCAGCUCCCGAAUCCCUUCCAUUUAACCCAGCCCCAUUGCACAAAUACACACGCAUACAUACAGUACAUCACAUACAUACAGUACACACCUGCGCACAUCUACAAACCAGGGACUAUGGACAUAAUAUUACAAAAAUCUACUUUUCCAGGAGAUACAAGACCUUCGCCAUGUGCCAAUACCCUUUAUCCAGCUCUGACAUAAUGCCCAACCCAGCCCAGCCUUGCAUCCUGACGACGUCCCAAAUGAAGUUAUCAGUUUUCAGCCUUUUCAAACUCUAUCUGGUUGUGUGUGUGUAUGUUUGUUUGUUUGUGUGUGCGUGUUUAUGUUUGCGUCUGUGCGUGUUUGACACCUUUUAUUUUCACCAGAGGGUCUACUUGAAUCCAAGUGGACACCUAAUGAUUUACCUCGCCUGUUUUGUGUUUUUGGUCCAUUAAACACCAACCCAGGUGUUUGUUUUCUGCAAAGAUGUUAAUGAUAGAAUACAUAAUGGAAAAAAUAAUCACUUUAAAAUAAUUAACCCUCUUGCCCACCUAGACUAAUUCGACUUAAAGCCUUCAUAUUUGUUUGCCAAGUUUGACUUAAACAUCCGACUAAAGAAUGUGAUUUUUUCCGUCAGUGCAGUUUUAUGGAGAAUUCAGCUCAGUUUCUAAUGCCUGACACAACCCUGCUCUAGAAUGUCAUGGAACAAUUGAAGAUAGAAAGAAAAGAAGAACAUUUGGAUGUCAAGACAUGGUGAUUAUUGUGCAAAUUGAUAGAAGAAAAUGAAUCAUCAUGUGAUCCUUAUUAAUAAAUGUAAUGAUUGAAUGUCUCUCUCUCUCUCUCUCUCUCUCUCUCUCUCUCUCUCUCUCUCUCUCUCUCUCUCUCUCUCUUCCUCUCUCUCACCCCCUCAUGCCACUCUUCUAUCUGAGGUCCUUGUCUUUCUCUGUCUCGUUCUGUGUCCUCCACACAUAGGGACAUAUUGGUGAUCCCUGCAUCCCAACUCCAUAUCAAGUGGCUACAGCCCUUCUCCUGGCUCAUAAGGCUAUCCUCUUGUCUUUCUUUCUUUCUUUCACUCUUUCUUUCUUUCUUUCUUUCUUUCUUUCUUUCUUUCACUCUUUCUUUCUUCCGCCUUACUCUUGCUCCCUCCUUUGCUCUCUAUAUCUGUCACUCCGUCAUGCUUCAACUUGUCCCUCAAUGCACUGAUCCCCCUUCCCCCUCACUCGACCCCCUCCUCCCGAAGCCACCACUCCUAACCUAAGGUUACCCAUCCCAAGGGGUUACCGAUGACCUGCACUCUUUAGAAGCUGCCGCUGCUUGUGAUUUUAAUUAUCGUUUUUUAAUGAAUUGACUUGUGUUUGUCUACUUUUCACUGUGUGCGCGUUUGUGUGAGUGUAUACUCAGAAGGUACCCAAAGCUUAAGCACUUUUUAAAGAAAAAAAAGAAUGAUGAUAUUUGUUUUAAAUGUGUGUGUAUGUGCCUAGUUGGGUUUAUUAAUUAUUUUUCUUUGUUUGUUUCGUUCCCCUUGUUUUUUUUGAUGCAGUUGAGCUUCUGAUCUGUUCCUCUUUGACAGGCAGACAGACAGAUGGACAGACAGACGGACAGGCAGACAGACAGUUAGUCAAUCGGGCAGUAAACAGGCACGUGGGACAUGACAGAUGCACUGUCUUUGAACACACACACACACACACACACACACACACACACACACACACACACACACACACACACACACACACACACACACACACACACACACACACGCGUAGGCUAGCCACUCACCUGUCUGUCUGUUGGUGCUCUAGCUCAAAAGCCAUAAAGUUGCUCCCUGCACUUUUGUUUUGUUAUUGUAAGGCAACCGUUUUCUUUCUCUAUUUUGUUUUUUACUUUUUUGUUUUUCUUUUGUUCUGUUAUGUUUUUCUUAUCUCACUCCCAUUUCCCCAAUCUGUCCAUCGCCGAUAAGUAUACAGAAAAUGAUGUUCUCGUUGUGUUUUUUUCCCCUGAAUCAAUUUUGGGAUUCUCACCAAUUACAGUAUUUGGCCUUAGGGAUAGGUGCCUCUAGAGCUUCUAACAUUGUAGCAAAGAUAACCGAGACGGCAAGUUAAGAUUCGCCUACUGUAGUUCAAAAUAGUCCAACUCCUUUGGAAUAACUGUUUGGAGUAACUGUUGUUUGCAUUCGCGUUUAGUUGAAAUCUUAAGCUGCCACUGCUACCAUACUCAACACCGUUAUUUAUUUGUUUGUGUGUGUGUGUGUGUUUUUGUUUUUUUUAAACGCUAAUGUUUCCUGUAUUAAAAUGUGCCUCAGCUGUCCUCAAAAUUGACCAAACGGAAUUUACCCUCCUCCUUCCCCACACCAGUAGAACAGUGUGCGUUUAAAAUAUUGUCUUCUAAUCUUUGGGUCGUUUUUUGUUUUUUUAUUUCUUCACUUGUGAUCAACAGUAUGUGAGUGUGCACUGUAGCUCCAUAUGGGCGGCCAGGGAUACAAUAGCAACCUUUAUGGUGUUGCUGUGUUUCUUGAAGGGUUUUUAAAAAUCCAGCCCAGCAUAUCCACUCAAGUAGUGCUAAGAAAGCAAAGGAAGAGAAUCUGAAGAUACCAGUGUCUGUGUUAUCAAUGCAAACACGCAUAUAUAUAUACACAGUCACACACUCACUCUCUCCUCUGUGGUAAAUGUUGUCUCCUGUGUGUUGACAAAGAUGACUGUUUUCAGCUGUUGUUGGCUGUCUUGGUCAAGGCAGUUAUCCUGCAAACUGGAAUACAUGUCAUUUGAAAAACAUCAGUUAAGAGUGUGGGAUGGUGACUGUAUGAGAAUUCAGUGUUUUAAAUGAGUUGAAUAUGCCUUCACACCUGCAAUUUUUUUUUUCAAAUGAUGUUUCGAUAGCCACAAUAGUGUUUUCUUUCUCUCCUGUUCAGAUUAACAGUGCAUUUCAAGUUAUGUGUUUGUUGUUUUGAUGUUCAGUUACAGAGGGGUUGAUGAAGGACCUCCUAUAUAAAUAUGUAUUUGUAAAAAAUAAUAAAAUGAAAACAUGACUACCACUGUAAUCCCUGUACAGGGAGUAAUAAAACUAGAUA